AUGGCCGACAGUAGACAUCACCCGCACAACGCCCGACGGGCGCAACCGACUGACAGCUUUGAAGCUUCGGAACUCACUCGCUCCUUCGAGCAGCUGAUGCGCAACAAGAGGUUCAAUCAUCUCCAAGAGCAGUCUAGGGCCCGCUCUCGCACGCAAUCUCUCUCGCCGGCCCCCCAGGCGUCAUCUCCUGGUCCCUUUCCUCCUCAUCCCUCGCGAGCACCACCGCCGCCUCCGACAGCAGCCCAUCAAUCUCCUCAACUCCCUCCUCAGUCACCGUCACCCUCUCGGUCUACCUUGUUACGAGGUCUUCCAAUUGUUCCAUCACCACCACAGGAUGCAUCUUCUCUGAAGUUUCGCAACCUCCUCCACGUCUUGUCCGUCACGCCGACCAAAUAUGAAAACCCGGGUCUUCUCGACGAGGCUCUCGCUCUUAUCCCGCUGGAUAGGCUGUAUUCGGAGGCAGAGGAGGAAAGCCAGAUCAUGCAGGCCCAGGCUGCUAGCGUACGGGGUAAGCCCGAAUGGGGCUAUCAAGAUUGCGUCAUCAGGGCUUUGUGGUUCAAGCGAUCAUUCUUUCAGUUUGUUAACAACCCCCGGUGCUCGCAAUGCUUUAUGCCUACAAUCGCCCAGGGCAUGACGCCGCCCACUCCAGAUGAGACCGCUCGCGGUGCCACUCGUGUGGAACUCUACCGAUGCUCCGAGACAACGUGUGGUGCCUAUGAAAGGUUCCCGCGCUACUCUGAUGUGUGGCAAUUGUUGCAGAGUCGACGGGGUCGGGUAGGUGAAUGGGCCAACUGCUUUAGUAUGUUCUGCAGAGCCCUUGGUGGGCGCGUACGAUGGGUGUGGAAUUCCGAGGACUACGUCUGGACAGAGGUGUAUUCCGAGCACCAAAGGCGUUGGGUGCAUGUUGAUGCGUGUGAAGGGGCUUGGGACCAGCCCCGUCUCUAUGCUGAAGGUUGGGGCCGGAAGAUGUCCUAUUGUGUUGCCUUUUCGAUCGAUGGUGCUACAGAUGUCACCCGCCGUUAUGUUCGAAGCCCAGUGAAGCACGGAGCACAGCGAACGCGUGCUUCGGAGGAAGUACUCCACUGGGUGAUCCUUGAAAUUCGAAAGAAACGCCGGGAAAACUUAUCCAAGACCGACCAACGGCGUUUGAUGAAAGAGGAUGAGCGGGAAGAAAGAGAAUUACGUGGAUACACGGCCGCGGCCCUUGCGGCAGAGCUUAACAAUUUGAUUCCUCGGAAUCAAACCAAUGGCAGACUAGACGAGCAGAAAACGCCCACUUCACGACAGGAGGCGGAUUGGCUUAGCACGAGGCAGAGAAGCUCAGAACACUCUGGGCCAGACCGAUCGCAAGAUGAUCGAUAA